AUGAUCAUCGUACGUCUCAAGACGAGAAACGAGCCCUUUGUUCCCUACAAGGUAGGCGCAACCUGGUAUGGCUACUCCACGAACGAGCAGCUUUCCGUCGUUGGAUUGGGCGUCCUUGCGCACAGUCUUCGUGCAUCCUCCACUCGAAUCCUGACUCUCAAGCCCUUCAUGGGCUCUGUGAAGCCCCUAUUAGAAGUCGUGAUCCCGCCUGUAUCACUGCUCCUCGCCAAUUCUUCUCAUCUUCAUCCUCGAUCGAUCUUCUACGUGCAUCCUGCGCCCCAUACGCUCUCAUAUGCAGUCGAUUGUACUCCGAGUUGCUGCUUCAUGAGAUCUGGUGCGCUACUCCAACGGACCUCGCCAAUCUCCCUACAGUGCCGCGUUACGGGUAAAGGAGGCAUUCGUACCAAUGUACAGUCCUGGCAUCGCAUAUUCGGCGCGUGUCUGUCCAUAUGCCAUCUUGGGAACAAACUGCUCGCCGCGCUCCAUGAGCGGAAGCCACAGACGCUCACGGAUAAGUUCACCGCCACGAAGUCCGUAACGAUCAUGUUAUGA